CUGAGAUGUUGUACUAAAGCAUCAGGAGUUUAUGUUGACGUGAGCUUUCCUACUUUUGGACCCAGCUGGAUUCUCUCACGCUGCACAAUGCUUCAGGGUGUUACUGAGAUAGCCGCGAUGUGUGUCGGGCUGGUUGGGCUGAUCGGGGCAGCAGCUACUACAGGAAUGCCCAUGUGGAAGGUAACUGCUUUCAUUGGUGCGAACAUAAUUGUCAUGGAAACCCGCUGGGAGGGCCUGUGGAUGAACUGCUACCGACAAGCCAACAUCAGGAUGCAGUGCAAGGCGUACGACUCGUUGCUGUUCCUGCCCCCGGAGUUGCAGGCAGCCAGGGGACUGAUGUGCUGUUCUCUGGCCUUGUCGGGGCUUGGGCUCCUCGUGGCUCUGGCGGGAAUGCGGUGCAUUUCCUGUUUUCAGGGUAACGAUUGGGCUAGGACCAUAAUCCUGAUGGUCGCAGGUGUUAUGCAGCUCUUGGCAUGCUUUUGUGUCUUCAUCCCUGUGUCAUGGACGGGUCACGUCAUCAUUAGAGAUUUUUACAAUCCUUUGCUGAUUGACGCUCAGAGGAGGGAGCUGGGAGAGGCUCUGUACAUCGGUUGGGUGACUGGCGCCUUCCUUUUCGCCUCAGCACUGCUGUUUCUCUGCCGUCGUUUGCCCACGGACAAAGGAUCAUUUGACGUGUACCACCCAGCCAACUUGCUCAGCUACAAGCCAGCACCCGGAUACCCAUCUCUGAUGAGGUACAAUCCCGUCCCGAGUAUCUCAAGCCUCAAAUCGACUGCGUACCAUCCUUCUCUGCGGAGCAAUGGCUCAGCUGGGCAACAACUUGCAAUGCCACUGGAAACUGUCCUUCCAUUGACAAAUAACGGAGCAUUAAUCAACCCUCCUGUUGCCUAUAACCCAGGUCUGCCUGACCAUGCAUCAUUGUUAUAUCAUGGUAGCAUGGCUCACCAUUCCUCCAUGCAUAGUUCUAACAAUGUUGGAAGCAAUUAUACUCCGGCAAACUCCUUGUACAUGAGCCACAACACCACACCCUAUUCACUGACUUACAAUCCCACCGCAUCCUACCAGUCCAGCUUUCAUCCGGUUCCACACUCUCCUAUUUUCAUAGGAUAUAAAACAUCAAUAGUUCAUCCAGGGUCUCACAACGGGAGCAGUGGUGCUGGUGUAUACAUAUAAACAAAAUCAAGUGGGGGGUUUUGCUGAUUAAACUACAGACACAAAGCUUUUUAUACUUUUAUAUUCCAGCAUCAAAACUGCUGUACAUUAGCUGCAAGGUGAAGGUAAAUUAAAUUAAAUUAACUAACUGUCUAUAUAAGGAUUAUCUUAAUGAAGAUUAAAAUAAUGUUAAUUAAUAACCUCGUCAUUUUUAUUCUGUGACAAAUGUAAGGGAUAUGUGAUCAUGUUGAACAUAACCAUUCAAUGUUAAUGUCUUGCAUCUCUGUGACAAUCAUAAAUGUAAACAUUGUAUGUGAUUCCUCUCGGUGUGGUUUAUAUUUUACUAUCAAAGUGGACUCACCUCAUUUAUCUGUUUUACUUAAGUAUAUUGAGAGGGUGAGGUGUAGGCCAAGAAAAAAAAUCAUGAAUUAAUUCAUCAGAUUUGAUAAAGAGAGAGGGGAUGCAGGAUUUUAUUUUUAAUUUUCUUAAACAUAGCGAAGUUUUGGGGAAUUUCUCAAGAAAUAAUAGUGAUCAGGCUUAUGUAGAGUGCUAAUGUCUAUUAUAAUUAUCUCAUGUAUGUGGUGUUGAUGUUAAACUAGUGUACUGAACUAGGUUUGAAUACAUGUGAAGUACCCUUAGUAUCAAAAUCACUAAAUACUGCACGUGUUGCGAUUAAACAACUGUGGUGGCCUGAGUCAACCCUAGACACUGUAUAUAUCCACCACUAGAUGACACCAGAGAACGGGAUGAGUGUCCUGAGUUGGCUGAAACUCUAAUUGGAGAACUUCCAAUUCAGAGUAACAAACCAAAAACCUGAGGAUCUCAGAUAAUAUAUAAAA